AUGAGCGUCAACGCGAAAGACACGGAGAUACCUGGGCUUCCGGAUGAAAUCCCAGGUGUCCGUCUCAUCGGACCGUUCCAACCUCCUGGUGAAUGGGCGGAUUAUGUGAUGAGCCUGUGCUGUGACCUCUCGCAGAAAGAGCCCGAUCUCAUGACCAACCUUCUCCGCUACCUGUGCUCGCUGCCGUUCGCCCGUGAGCCCGUUGUCCAUGAGCAUCGGAUGUGGCAGCCGCGUCAGAUGAACACUCUCCUGAGAGCCAAUGUGGCCAACAUCGAGGCCUUUCUCAUCCAGACUGUGGGUGACGUUGCGGAGUUUCCGUGUGUUCAGUGCGCAAACCAGUUUGGUCCAAUGGUCCUUUGUGUCAGUCUCCCCGACACACCCAGCGCUGUUUCUUGUGCCAACUGCCAUUUCGGUGGCCUCGGCAGUCGGUGCUCAUUCAACCCCUCGCCCUCCGCGCCGAGCCCGAUCAAAAUCGAUGAGGCCUAUGGGCAAGGUGCCUCCGCCCCUCGAGGUACUGCGAUUGACCUUCUACUUGGGAAGCGAGCUGAGAUUGCCCACAAUCUUGAAGAACGCGAGCAUGUUGAGUACAACUUGCGUGAAACUUUGGCUAGUAUGCAGGAGACUCUGAAGGCACUCCGUCGGACAAUUAACGAGAUGCAUCGGGGCAUCGCUCAUGAUCACGCGCACGCCGCCUCCAUUGACAAUGCAAUCGAGGCUUUCUACCAGCAAGCGGAGCAGGAUACCGACCUGCAGAUCACCAACUUGGCGCCGGAGGGCAAUUCUCUGUUCUGA